AUGUAUUGGGAUGCUCAUAUUGGGGAUAACAUAGAUUCUGAAAAUCCUUUAGGCUGUCAUUGUCCUGUAGCUCCUGCGCCUUCACUUCCAAUAGGAGUGGAAUGGACUUUCUUUUUGAACCUUUGGAUUACUUAUCACAGUGCUAUAGUUAUAACACUUUACUGUCUAGCUAUUGCCGCAACUGCUUUUGUUGAGAUACUUCUUGUGGCGCAAUGGAAUACUGAUAGGCUAGCUAGAAUUAGGGAAGCACUUGCACCAUGUGAAACAUUAGGGCAGCUUAGAAAGUCCAUUAUAGAAAUGUCUAUUCUUAGGGAACAUUUAAGAUGAUUGGAUUGGGAAACGACUUUGGAUGGCUUGACGGAUUGGUCUCCGUCAUGCUUGCCGCCUUCGAACAUCUUGUGAGGCCUUGGUCUUUCAUGCAGCUCGUAGGUAUCCUCCUCACUUCCAUCAUCAUCUGCAUCAAGAAUACGAUGUGGUCCGGUCAUGGCACCAGAAUUCAAAUACAGAGAACGGAGGAGGAAGAAGGGACAUCGUUGGUAGGGAUUUGAUUGUUGAGAAGUUGAAGGCGAGGUAGAAGGUCUAGCGUUUUGAUUUGAGUCCCAUUCUCAGUUCUUAAUUAGUCGAGGAAUGUAAAAUAGUUUGGUUCUUGUCUCGAGUUUACUUCAGUGACAAUUCAUUCAAUGCAAAAAGUUACCAGUGAUGAUUUAUACAAACCGGAAGUGCAUGAAACAGAACACUGGUGACCUUUA